UUUUUUUUUUUUACCAUCACAUCCUUCGUGCUUGCGCAAGUCAAGUCAAAUCACAAUGGCCAGUCAAGUCACAACGACCACCCCGAGCCUCGGCGCUAGCGAAUCACUCGUGAUGAACCCCCGUCAGCUCUUCAGUAAGGCCGCCAACGCUCGGCUGACUGGCCGCAGCCGGGUGAGCAUCCUCCUUGCGGUCUCGAUCGCGUUUAUAUUCUCGGUAGCCAUCAACCUGCACGCCCUCUACGAUCGUAACUCCUAUGGGUAUCGCGGCGGCAACCCCAAGCAUACCGUCACCAUGACGUUCCUGGUCCUCCUGAGCUUGAUCCUGCUGGCUAUUCUGUCCACCGUGACACGCAACUUCCUAUCCAGUCUCAUCGUCGGGCUGACCGGCAUGGGCCUGUACAUCUAUAUCACGUUCCUCGUGGACCCCUGGACACAUGGACAUGGCCGCGUCAUUGCUACCUGGUCGGUCCUCACCUUCUGGAUCUUCUUCGUGGUCGAGGCAGUCCUGGGGUACGGCUAUCAAGCCACUGGCUGGAUGGAGGCGAGGCUCGAGGACAGGGACCUUGGCAGGAUCCGGCUCGGCUCCGACGAGGCCAACACUGUGCUCCCGCACGAGGAGUACCGAGACAUCCCCACACCGCGAGCGCUGCAGGUCGAUCAAGUUGCAGCAGUCGCUGCCCUGGAUCUCGAGAGGGGCGAGCGGUCGCCCCCCAAGGCCGACUCUGUUGCUUAGAGCUGUGGGUACAUUCUUCCUCUAUGGUCGAGUCGAUGGAUGUGGCGCCCACAGCUUCGGGUUGGCUGGCCCGGUCUGUUGUAGACCUCUGUUUCUGAUUAGGACUGCAUGGAACGUGGAAGCCAGGAGGAUUGGUGCCAGGUGGUGGAGCAGAGGGUUGUGUUCUCGCUGGCGGGAACGUGAAGCCUAGAGAGAAUGUCGUGUGAAACAUUUUAGAACUGUGUGGGAGGUCUGAUAUGGAAUGACUCCAGACAGUACUUGAGGCCUAGUCAACUCUCAACACUCCCCGAAGCUACCUG